AAGAAUUAUAAUUAACCAAUUUUUUUGAAAACAACCCUAUUAAAAGAGCACUAAACACCCAAACAAUGAAAGACAAAUAAAUAAAUACCCAACCGACGCAGGCAGGUUCGAUACCGACGAAGCAAGCACGCGGCGGCAGGUGAUAAUCAAUCAGUAGUAGCUGGACCUGCUUAAAAUGUUUCUUAGAAGAAUUGUAGCUGCAUGUCCUCAAUCAAAAAGGAUGUUCACCUCUUCUGUUACCCAUGACUAUUCAAGUGCUAUUCAAGAACUCAACAAGGAGAUGGAAUCGGUAUUCGGUGAACCUCCUCCUGCAGGUGGACUAACUAGCCCUGCAAGCAAUGGUGUUGUGAAUAAUGAAUCCCAAUUAUCAUCUCAAAACAUGGGUUCAAGCUCUUUUGAAUUGACUCAUACCAGCAAUUCAGGGGAAGCUCAAAUGGUUGAUGUGUCUCCAAAAGAAAGUAGUAAGAGAGCUGCCACUGCUGUUUGCAAGGUGAUUCUUGGAAAGAAGGUGUUUGAUUUGGUCUCGGCCAAUCAAAUGGCGAAAGGAGAUGUGCUUACCGUUGCAAAAAUUGCCGGCAUAACUGCAGCAAAGCAAACUAGCAACCUGAUUCCCUUGUGUCAUAACAUAAACCUUACCCACGUGCAAGUGGAUUUGAGAUUGAACCAAGUGGACUUCAGUGUAACAAUAGAAGGGGAAGCUGCAUCAACAGGUAAAACUGGGGUUGAGAUGGAAGCAAUGACAGCAGUGUCUAUUGCUGGCUUAACAGUGUAUGAUAUGUGUAAGGCUGCUUCAAAAGAUAUAACAAUUACAGACAUAAGACUUAAACAUAAAUCUGGUGGAAAAAGUGGGGAGUACUUCUGGGGACAAUGAUGGUUUUGAUGCAUUCCAAUUGAUAAGGACAGACCGACCAACGCUAUUCCAAAUGAACAAUGCUCCAUAGACAUUCGCAAAGUGCAAACAUUUGACAACAGACAGAGUGAGAAAGGAAGGCAUCUAGAGCUUCUAAAUUACGCUGUUAUAGUCGCAUAUUCGCGCCUCAGGCACAGUUUAUAUAACGGACUUUUUACUUGUCUCAUUAUUGACAUUGUCAAAUUUCAAUAAGCCAAGGUACAUUUUGAUUGCCUCCUAUUACACAUGCCUUAUCUAUUUGAUCUUACGGUACCAAACAACCAGGCAUAUGUUUGGGGUCAAUCUCUUCAUAUUUCUUUUCCCUUGAACAUAUCCAAGAGAUUGUUUCAGUGCAUGUUCUUCAUAUUUCUUUUAUCUUAUAGCAGAAACGCUUAUACAAGUGUUUGAGAGAGCAUAAGUAAAUAGCUUGUGACAUACUUAAAAACCGUUUUGAGCUUAUUUUUAUAAACUGUUCAAAUUAACCUAUGAAUAAGAGCUGAUGUUCAUGUUUCACAUAUUUUCAGCUUAUUGCAAUAGUUUUUUAAAAUUCACUUGUUAAUAAGCGCUUAUGCGAUGAACUCUUUUGUCAUAAGCACUUAAUUAAGUUAAUUGUCCAAAUACACCCUAAGUAGAAGUACAACAUGUAAUAUGGAAUAUAAAUUUAGCAUUAGUACUAGCAUAGAGUGAAAAUCGGAGAUUAUAUAAUACCACAAGUAACACAUUUUAUAGGAACCACGCGUUUUCCGGCCCCAAUAAACUUGACUUCAAUUUUCUCUCACGUGGUCAAUUUGGUCGUUCCACAAUCUUGACAAUAUAAAAA